AUGUCAAGUCUUGGCGUUCUUGGGGCCGAUGGCCGAUGUUUUGCAUGGGACAGCCAGGCCAACGGUUACGGUCGCGGUGAGGGAAUCGCUACCCUGCUUCUGAAGCCCCUGCGCGAUGCCUUAGCGGAUGGGGACCCAGUCCAUGCUGUCAUCCGGGAGACCGCAAUCAACCAAGAUGGAAAGACCCCAACAAUCACUUCACCUUCAUCAGAGGCGCAAGAAGAGCUCAUUCGCGCCUGCUAUCGCAGAGCAGGACUGGAUCCCUCUAAGACCCCUUAUGUUGAGGCCCACAUGACGGGAACACCGACUGGCGAUCCGAUAGAGGCUAGUGCGAUCAGUCGGGUAUUCGGCAAGGGUCGGACUGCCGAUAACCCAGUCCUAGUCGGUUCCAUCAAGACGAACCUGGGACACUUGGAGGCUUCAAGUGGAAUUGCUGGAGUCGUGAAAGCCGUUAUGAUGCUGAAGCAUGGCAUCAUCCCACCUAGUUUGAACUACAAAGAGGCGAAUCCGAAGAUUGACAUGGUGGCCCUGAAGGUCAGCGUCCCACUGGUUUCCCAGAACUGGCCUGAGGGUAUGCCACGUCGCGUCUCUGUCAACAACUACGGCUACGGAGGAACCAACGGUCACGUAAUCAUUGACGGUCCAGAUGAGCAUCUCCAUGACUCUCCUGCAACAACAACGAAGACAGAAGAACCCCGGCUUGUCGUUCUCAGCAGCAAGGACUCCACGGUCACGACACAAAUGGUUUCAAACUUGAAGGCCUACUUGGAAAGCCGAAAGUCAACAAGUGCUGCCAUUGACUUUGACAAUCUUGCUUACACAUUCGACACUCGACGCUCGCAUUUCCCCUGGAGAGUUGCCAUCUCGAGUUUGAACUGGCAGCAGGAUUUGAUUGAGGCCCUAGACGAUCCUGUCAAGAAAGCGGUCACACUCGCCAAGGAGCCUCCACGCAUUGGCUUCGUGUUUAACGGCCAAGGAGCACAAUGGCAUGCGAUGGGACGCGAGUUGAUCGCUGUUUAUCCAACUUUCCAGAAAUCUCUUCUCCACGCCGACGUUGUUCUUGGCGACUACGGUGCCGACUGGUCUCUUGUGGAAGAGUUGCAACGAGACGAGAAGUUAACUCGCGUCAACGAGCCCAGAUUAAGUCAGCCUGUCUGUGUUGCGCUGCAGAUCUGCUUGGUAGACCUGCUCAAGACUUGGGGCAUUCGUCCAAGUGCCGUGACGAGUCACUCAAGCGGUGAGAUUGCCGCUGCUUAUGCUGCAAAUGCUCUUACUUUUGAGGAGGCCUUGGGUGUGGCUUACUUCCGUGGUGCCCUGACCGAAAAAUAUCACACUGCUUCUUCAGCACCGGGCGGAAUGAUGGCUGUCGGUCUUGGAUCUAACGAAGCCUGGUCAUAUUUAGCGGAGCAUGGGGUUGACAAGGGCACGGUAACAGUGGCCUGCGUCAACAGCCCUUCAAGCGUUACGCUCUCCGGCGACCUUGAUGCAAUCGAUCGCCUCGAGAAGGACUUCGCAAAUGACCAGAUAUUCGCUCGAAAGCUUAAGGUCAAGUCGGCAUACCACUCCCACCACAUGCUCCCUAUGGCCGACGAAUACCUGAAGGCGUUGAAAGACGUCAUCCAGCCAAAGCUGAAGUGGAACAAAAUUGUCUACUCCUCGCCAGUCACAGGAGGCCUCAUUGAAAGUCCCGAGAAGCUUGGGCCGCAACACUGGGUGAACAACCUUUUGUGGCCGGUGCUUUUCUCACAAUCAUUCGAGAAGAUGUGCGUGGACACUGCCUCUAGCGAAACCAACGUCGAUCUCAUUCUUGAAAUCGGCCCUCAUUCCGCGUUGGCUGGGCCAAUCAGACAAAUCUGCAAGACUCCUUCAUUGAAGAAUAUAAGCUUACCGUAUGCGUCUUGCUUGAUUAGAGGCCAGAACGCGGCGGUUGCUAUGCAGACUGCGGCAGGAUCUCUGUGGUGCAAGGGCUACCCUGUGGAUCUCGCUGCUGUUAAUCGACACAAUCACCAUGAAGCCUACGACGUUAUUGCCGACCUCCCCUCAUACCCCUGGAACCACACCCACAGCUUCUGGCAAGAGUCACGGCUCAAUAUUGCGCAUCGCAACAGGAAACAUGUCCGCCACGAGCUAUUGGGCUCACUGCUUUCCGGGCCAGCAGCGACGAGCCCUACCUGGAGACAUUUCCUCAAGGCUUCCGAGCUGCCGUGGCUUCGGGACCAUUUGGUUCAGUCUGACAUCGUUUACCCGGGUGCUGGUGGCAUUGCGAUGGCGAUUGAGGCUAUGCGGCAACUCUCUGAUGCUGACGUGAACACAAUUGAUGGCUAUUGCCUGAGGGACAUCCAGAUCAGUAACGCACUUGUUAUUCCGGACACGGAGGCCGGAAUUGAGGUCCAACUUUCUCUUCACCCAUGCGACAACAAGAACCUGGAGUCAGGAUGGUACGAGUUCUCGCUCAAGUCGCCCACCACAGAUGGAGAAUCAUGGACUGAGCACAUUCACGGUUACAUCUCACAAAGAAAGAGGACAAAUGCAGUUCUACCGCCGGUACAGGCUUCCAAAAGCCUGUCAAACGGUGUGCAUGACAACGGUCUACGACCUGUCGAGGUUAGCGAGCUCUAUGGUCGUCUCAGGAAAAUGGGACUGGAGCAUGGUCCGACCUUCCAAAACAUGAUCAGCAUUCAAGCACAAGAUUUCGGCUCGAGAUUCCAGUUCCAGGUUGCGGACGUUAGGUUUGCCAGUUCUCACGUACUUCAUCCUACAACAUUGGACUCCAUAUUCCAGGGGGCCUAUGCGGCGCUGUCAUCAGACGCAUACCAGAACUCCAUGGUCAUGCCUCGUGCCAUUGGAGAGAUCUUUGUUUCUCAGUCCCUGUCAUCCUCUCCUGGGAGCCAGUUCCAGUCUCUUGCGACCGUGGACAAGCAGGACCGAUCAGGAUUCCGCUCCACCAUUACCACUUCCGACCCACAACAUACUGACACGACACUUUUGGAGGUCAAGGGGCUCUUCUGCCAGGCCGUUGGCGGCGUGAAUAACACCGACGCAUCAGAGAAUGCCACCAAGCUCUUGUUCAAGAUGUUGUGGCAUCCUGAUAUGACGCUGAUGCCUACUGAGACAAUUGUGCGGCCCUUGAGAUUCGAAGUUGGCGCACAGGAACUGUCGGUCAAUAAGAAGCUCGUCCGGGCUGCUUGGCACUUCAUCCAGGACGCCAUCCAGGACUUGAGCUCAGAUGAACAGGCUCUCGCCGACAUGGAGUGGUACCAUAAGUCCCUGUACAAUUGGAUGCAGUCCAACUAUGAGGCUGGUCUCGUAGGCAGUCUUGCUCGUGGCAGCGCCUCCUGGGCUAAGGCAAGCAAGGGAAUGAAACACAUGCUCUUCGACGAAGUUGCCUCUCAGAGCGUCAAUGGCCGCCUUCUGUGCCGUAUUGGAAGAAAUCUGUCUCAGAUCCUCCGGAAGCAGGUGGCUCCUCUCGAAGUCAUGAUGGAAGGCAACCUCCUAUAUGAGUUCUAUGAGAAGGCUCUGCGUUGCAACCGUUCCUACGCGCAGGUCCAGAAGUUAGUGCAUCUAUACUCCAUGAAGAACCCGCGAGCCAAGGUUCUUGAGAUCGGAGGUGGUACCGGUGGGUGCACAGGAUCCGUCCUCAAGGGAUUGACUGAGGACACCCCAGACGGCAGAUACCGCUUGUCGUCCUACACCUUCACCGACGUGUCUGCCGGCUUUUUCGAAGCAGCCGCGAAGCAGUUUGGCGAGUAUGGUGAUAUGAUCAGCUACAAGAAGCUGGACAUUGAGGCCGACCCCACCGAGCAAUCCUUCACGCCUGGCUCAUAUGACCUCAUCAUCGCCUGCCAGGUUCUUCACGCCACAAAGAAUAUGGAAAAGACGAUGAAGAACGUUUGUUCUCUGCUCAAGCCUGGCGGAAAGCUCAUUUUGGUGGAGACCACCAAGGAUACUCUGGACGUCCAGCUGAUCUUUGGCGCAUUGCCAGGCUGGUGGCUUGCAGAAGAGUCCGAACGGAAGGGUGGCCCCAAUCUCACAGUCGACCACUGGAGCAGGGUCUUGAAGGCAAGCGGCUUUUCCGGGAUUGACUUGGAGGUGCGCGACAUGGAAGACGAGGCAAAUUACUCCUUCAGCGUCAUUACUUCAACCGCCGCCGCGCCGACUUCUUAUCCUUCAGAAGUCACCAUUCUUUCGCCCUCAGAGAAGGCACCCGCCCCUUGGCUACAGAGCCUUCAGAGCAGCAUUCAACGUAACAUUGGAGCUUCUACUACCGUAGAGGAUUGGAAGAAGGUGGAUGCCACGAACAAAGUUUGCAUCAUGCUCGUCGAGAUGGUUGCGCCUCUCUUGAGUCGCCUGACGAAGGACGAGUUUGCGAGUAUACAGCGUCUGCUGACGACCGCUCGGGGUGUUCUCUGGGUCACAAGGGCUAGUCUCAUCAAGGGCCUGGAUCCCGACAUGGCCAUGCACUCUGGUCUUCUAAGAACUCUGCGGAUGGAAGACGCCGGAAGGCGCUACGUCUCCCUUGACCUUGACACCAAGGAUCCGGUGUGGUCGGAGAGGAAUGUGGACUUCAUCGCCGAUGUCUUUGCGACUUCAUUCGACUUUUCACAAAGUUCAAAAGACAUUGACUGCGAAUAUGCCGUUGACAAAUCACUCGUUCAUGUCUCCCGCAUCUACAAUGACGACAACGAGAACAAGGCAUUCGCUCCCGAAGGCAGUGAACCUGAGCCAGAGAUCAGAGAAUUUGAUGCCAAGGACUCCAAGUUCGAUCUUCAGAUGGAGGUUGGCACGGCUGGAUUACUCGACACCCUGCGCUUCCGGGAAGUCGAGCGUGAUGAAUCCGCUCUUGGCGCAGAACAGAUUGAGAUCGAGCCACGCGCGUUCGGCUUGAACUUCAGAGACGUCUUGGUUGCUCUAGGUCAGCUUGAUGAAACCAUCAUGGGCUAUGAGUGCAGCGGCAUUGUCACUAGACUUGGUCCUGACGCUCAGAGAGACAGUGGUCUGAAGGUUGGUGACCGUGUCUGCGCUAUCCUUCGCGGACACUGGGCGACAAGAGUAACCAUCAACUGGCCAUGUGCUGUUCGCAUCCCUGACAACAUGUCAUUCGAAGAAGCCGCCACCAUUCCAAUGGUAUUCGCGACAGCCUACUAUGGCUUGUAUGACAUCGGCAGGCUUACCAGGGGCGACAACGUUCUCAUCCAUGCUGCUACCGGUGGAGUCGGGCAGGCCGCAGUGAUGCUGGCUCAACAUCGCGAUGCCAACGUCUUCGUCACCGUCGGCACCGAAGCCAAGCGUGACUUUGUUAUGAGAGAGUUUGGGAUCCCAAGAGAUCACAUAUUCUCCAGCCGAGAUACCUCGUUCGGACCUGCACUUAUGGCGGCCACCAACGGCAAAGGCGCUGAUGUUGUUCUCAACUCCCUCUCGGGCGCACUGCUCAAAGAGACUUGGGACUGCAUGGCACGUUUUGGACGUUUUGUCGAGAUUGGCAAGCGCGAUAUGGAGGCUGCAAAGCACCUCGAUAUGAGCCCUCUGCGUCGCGCCGUUUCGUUUGCUGCUGUUGAUCUCUUCCAACUGGGCAAAUACAAGGGGCAAGCGGUCCAAGACGUCCUGCAAGGCGUCAUGGAGAUGUUCGGGAAUGGACAGCUUCGAGUAGUGGCACCAAUGACAACUUAUCCCAUCUCGGAGGUCGACAAGGCGUUCAGGUUGAUGCAGAGCGGCAAGCACUUGGGCAAGAUUGUUGUAACACCCAAGAAGACAGAUCUUAUCAAGGUAAUUUCGUCCCCUCAGCCCGCCCGUCUUUCACCGAAUGCGACGUACGUUAUUGUGGGUGGCAUGGGAGGGAUUGGACAAUCCAUCGCACGGUGGAUGGCCCGCAGCCUUGGCUGCAAGAAUCUCAUUAUCCUCUCUCGCAGCGCCAAGACCCAUCCAGACAGUGAGGAUCUCAUAUCCGAUCUGAAAGCCACGGGGUGCAAUGCCUUCUUGGGGAAUUGCGACGUAUCGAACGAGGCGGAGCUCCGCAGAGUCUUGGACCAAGCUAGCCAAAGUCUCCCGCCGGUUCGUGGCGUGAUCCAGGCGGCAAUGACCCUCAACGACUCUAUUUUCCCCAAUAUGACGUACGACCAAUGGCUUGCUGCAACUGGCCCCAAGGUCGCGGCCACGUGGAACAUCCACAAUAACCUUCCCAACCUUGACUUCUUCAUCAUGCUGUCAUCCUUGACUGGCCUGGGCGGGAAUACGAGCCAAGCGAACUACUCCGCUGGCGGAACAUUCCAAGACGCCUUUGCUAAGUUCCGGACUUCUCAGUCUCUGCCUGCGGUGUCGGUUGACCUGGCCAGCAUCCAAGAGGUCGGAUUUGUUGCCAAUACCGAGGGUGUCGCGGAACGUUUGACCAAAACUGGUCUUGCCGACAUAAGCGAGGCACAAAUGCUCAAGAUUGUUGAGACGGCCAUCCAACACCCUCUUCGCCAGGUCGACCUCAGCCAACUUAUCACGGGCAUCCUAGAGUUCGACGAGGCAUCAACGGUUGCGUGGGUCAACGACAGGCGAUUCACGGCUGCCCAAGUUACUCGCAACGCACAUGGCGGUCCACGUGGACGAGGUGAUCAGCAAAGUCAAGCGACGGCCCGCCUCUCGGACUCUCUGCAGUCUGCCACGAGCGGCACCGGUGCUGUGGUCCUCAUCCUCGACGCCAUCAUCUCAAAGUUGGGCGAGAUGUUCGGAUUGGACGCUGCGGAGAUUGACAAGAAGUAUCCCGUGUCCAAGUACGGCGUCGACUCGCUCAUUGCGGUAGAGCUCAGAAACUGGCUCGUAUCUAGUGCGGGAGCCGAGACGACAAGCAUUUUUGACGUGCUUCACAGCCCGAGCUUGAGCGUAUUGGCUGAGAAAAUUGGAGAAAAGAGUCGUUAUGUUUCCACGCUUGUGAAGGCAGCAUAG